AUGGCUGGCACGGCGGUGACGCAGGCGCCGCUGCCCGGGUUAGUCCCGUCCGGCGGUGGGGACUGCGGCGUCGGGGCCCUGAACAACGACUUAAACCCGUCGGAGUUGAACGAUUUCCGCAUUUCAGUAGCAAUCGAUCGUUUAAACCUUCAUGUGCGCGGCCAGCGUCAGAACGACGCCCAGGAGUUCUUCAACCUCUGCCUUUCACUCGCUAGAGGUAUCGAUGUAGCCAUUGCUAAUCAUGAGUUGCCAAGUAGAGCUCACGAGUUGCCUUCACUAGCAAAGCAGGUGUGCCAGUGUAAAAUUAGUACUUUCACUGGAGCUAUUAUGGUUUUCAUGAUAUCCGUUAAGAGUGCUUGUCAAAGAGGAUGGUUUCCAGAUAAAGAUUCAGAAGAGCUCCAAAAUCUGGCAAAACAGAUGGCGGACAAUUUUGGUAGUGUGUCUCCUCUAUCCUCAGAGCCAAGCUGUUCCCAUUCUGUUAUCUCAACUGUCAUGUCAAGGUUCUACCCAAAAUUGAAAAUGGGCCAUGUGUUUGUUUCUCUAGAAGUCAAGCCAGGAUUUGAGGCUUAUCUGACUGACUUCCAAAUUCCAAAGAAUUUAAAACAGACUUCUCCAGGCGACAAAAUACUUGUGGUUUCUGUUAUCCAGGAGUUUUUUGUUAAUGCAAGUAAAAUUUGUGAAGUCAGCAAAGAUUCUGAAAUAGUUGAGGGCCCAUCACGGAUAUCACUAAAUUGCCCAAUCAGCUUCACACGGAUUAAAACUCCUGUCAAAGGACAUUCCUGCAAGCAUAUGCAGUGCUUUGAUUUUGACAACUAUGUGGGCAUAAAUUCAAGACGACCUUCUUGGCGCUGCCCGCAUUGUAAUCAGCAUGUAUGCUUUACUGAUCUUCGCAUUGAUCGAAAACUGGUCAAGGUCUUGAAAGAGGCUGAGUCAGACGUCUCACACAUAACCAUAUCCCCUGAUGGAUCAUGGAAUCCUGUCAUGAACAGUGAAGAUGCCGCGCAGAAGCCUGAGGAUAAGAACUUGGACGCAAUGGAAUUCCAACCCACGCACUCCAUUAAUGCAGUGGAUCUCACUCAGACAGAUGACAUUAUGGACUGUAUUGCCACUAUGGAAACUGAAGACAUGAAACCCUCCCUAAUUGGCUCUCAAAAUAAGUCCAUUACCCCAGCCAUCUCUAUUGAACCUCAUACUGCAACGGGUAAUGUCAAUGAGAGAAAUGAUUCUCAAGCAGGGGACAGCUUUUGGACCAAUGUUUUCUUGUCAACCUUGGACCAGCCGAACAUCCCGUCAAAUAUACAGAUCGGUAGCCAGUUUCCCAACUCCCCUCCCGUUUUAACUACGAGUGGGCAAGUUACUAAUUUCAGUGAUAACAAUUUCCUUUUUACCACUUCCAUGCCGCAAGUGGGACCAACCACGCCUAGGGAAAUGCCGUUGCAGCAGUAUCAAUUCGGGAACUCAAAUUUCACAGCCGAGUACGGUAGGAUGCCUUCGUUGCCGAGGAAUGUGACGAGAGUGCCGACGGCUGUCCAGGCCCUGCCCGCUCAGGUGUCAAGUUCUGCUCGUCAGCAAAGGUCUACACGAACAUCGGUAUUCGCCAGCUCAUCUCCCGUUGCAAGUCCACAUCAGGUGUCCUCACCUAUGUUGCGUGCACAGGAAAAUCGAACGUUUACCCAACAGCAGCUGGGCCACCCGGUCACAAAUCAAAUGGCAAACCUCAGGAUUCCCCAAACGAGCAGAAGCCAGUCCCCAGUGGGCUCCAUCCGGUCCCCCAUCCAAUCUGCUGCUACAAAUUUCUUACAGCAACAACAAUCUCCUGUGGCAACUGCACCCUCGUACUCCGUAAACCCUAAUCAUCUCCGGGCUGCCCCAAUGGCAGACCUUGGUGGCAAUUCUGCAGCCACAUCAACCCCACCAUUGGCUUCGACCGAAGACUACAAUGAGAGCUGGCAGCCUCCAGUUGGCAGGAUGCGUGGGGCCCUCACUGGACAGGCGUAUACCGAUGCUUAUAACCGGUUCAUCAAUCAGAAUCAAACUAACCGAGUAAAUCGUCCUUCCGGGGGUGAAGACGUCUUUCCGAAUGGGUCGUCCGGAAGGCGCUGA